AUGUUGGUUGCUUGGGACUCAACCACCAGCCACAACCUUUGGUGCUUGUUUGAGAUUGUUUCCUUCUUGAAGACCAGAAAUGAAGAAAGUCGCCCCCUGGUCAUCAAGCCCACCUUCAUGGGACCUUUCUCGAUCGCGGUGUUUCUGGGCGCUUUCUUCGUCAUGGUCCCUUACUGCUUCUUUCCAGUGUCCGACUUCGUGGUGAUUGAGAUCAUCAGCUUCGUCUUGGCAGGUCUCGGUGUAAUCUGUGCGUCUUGUGCCAUGCACUUUUUGUUUCAGUCCGCCGACGAGACGCUGGCGCAGCUGAAAAACAGCGAGAAGGUGAGCCUGCAGACUUGCAUUUGCUCCUGCUGCAAGGAGGGGCAAGAAAAGAAGCACCUUUGUGACAAAGAGGUGAUCACCGAGUGCAUCCGCGACAGCUACAGCAUAGAGAGCUUUGAAGAGGUGGUCCGCUUUGCACUGCAUGAUGCCGUCAAAAACCAGUGUCGGGGUACUUGCAGGCACCCGGCAUGGAUUCUUGCCGUGGGAUCUCCAUUGCUUUGGGCCAACCUGGACAUGGUUGCCACCUUUGCCGAGCAGCAGGAUCCAGAGUCAGCAGUUGCCUUCCUCAUCUACGGCUUGGUUUCCUGGCUAGUUUUGGUUCCUGCGGUGAUCUUCCCCUUCGUCUUCAUUUGCGACGCACUUGCCGAUGAGGGCAGUUCAACAUUUCGAGAGCUCUUGAGGACUUUUGGUCCCGCCUGUGUGCCGAUGUCCCUCGUUUUCUCUGCGGCCCUGACUCUUAAGUUGAGCUGGGGCUUGGCGGCAUCCCCACUUGGGAGCGCCGGCGCAGGCAUUGGCAUAUGUGUUGGCGUUUGGGCCGGCAUGCUGCUCUGCGGCGGAUGUUGCUUUUCCUGCGUGGGAUUGUUAAGUGCCAUGACGAUUACAUGUCAAUAG